AUGAUCCCAUGCACUAUCACCCUCCCAUCACUCUUCAACCCACCGGCCAAAACAUUAUCCCUGAGUGAAACCAAAGCCAUUCAUGCCCAUGCCAUCAAAACGAGCCUUUUGGAUUCCCAUGUUCACUCUGUCAACAACCUCCUCAAGCUAUACACUAUCUCUGGGGACAUUUCGUCUGCGCGCAACCUGUUUGAUAGAAUUCCCCACAGAGAUACCAUCUCUUGGACCACUCUCAUUCGUGCAUACACCAAGUCCGGUACCCCGUCCGAGUCCAUCCGCUUAUUCUUCCAAAUGCUCGAUACAUCCCCUGACACCAAACCCGACCAAAUUACUCUCACCGUCGUCCUCUCUGCCUGCGCCGCCCUCGGCAAUCUCCAACUUGCCCGGGAUUUACACACCUACAUCAACACCAACACUAGCAUUGCCAAUGACAUUCAUCUAGGCAAUGCGCUCAUCUCAAUGUACUCUAAAUGCGGCGACAUAGACACAGCUUACAAGCUCUUCACCAGAACACGCCUGGCCGAGAGAAACAUCGUCACUUGGAACUCAAUCAUCUCAGGCCUCACAAGCAAUGCCAAGUUCAAAGAAGCCCUGUCUCUGUUCCGCAAAAUGCAGCGCAUCGGUGUGAAGCCAGACCAAGUUACUCUCGUCGCCAUGCUCAAUGCGUGCGCUAACCUCGGCACUCUUGACAUUGGCCAGUGGCUCCACACUCUCAUCACUCAAUCCCAAACACUGAUCAAUAACCAUUUCAUGGCAAAUGCACUGAUUGACAUGUACGGUAAAUGCGGCAGCAUAGACCGAGCUCACCGUGUCUUCACUUCGAUCAAACCAAAGCACAGAGAUGUUUACAGCUACACAAGCAUGAUCACAGCUCUCGCCAUGCAUGGCCGUGGAGAGAAAGCUUUACAUCUCUUUGCAGACAUGUUGAAAGCCGGCAUUAAACCGAACAGAGUCACAUUCAUUGGGGUUCUAUCAGCGUGUAACCAUGCUGGCAUUGUUGCCACUGGACUUAGUCAUUUCCAAUCCAUGUCAAGCAUCCACAGCAUUGAACCUCAAAUGGAACAUUACAGCUGCAUUGCAGAUAUGCUAGCAAGAGCAGGUCUUGUAGAAGAGGCUUUGAACUUAAUCAAAAACAUGCCUUUCAAACCAGAUUCAGCAAUGUGGAGUUCUUUACUUAGUGCUUGCAGGAUUCAUGGGAAUGUUUCACUUGCUGAGAGUAUCAUGAGACAAGUUGAUAGUGAUAAUGAUAAUGAAGAUGAAGACUAUUAUGUGCUUAUGUCCAACAUAUACAAGGAGGCCAAGAGAGGAAGAGAUGCAAGUAGUCAACAUAUGGAGAUGAGUAAGAAGAGAAAAGCUAAAAAGAAGAAGAAGAAGAAGAAGGAACCAGGGUGUAGUCUGAUUGAGAUCAAUGGAGAGGUUCAUGAGUUCAAGAAGGGCUCAAUCUCACAUCCUCAAACAAAAGAUAUACAUCUCAUGCUUCAUAACAUUCACACUCAUCUCAAAUAUUAUCAUUGA